ACUCGGCAAAACGAUCAUAGUAGUGUUGCUAAAACAUCGUAGGGUAGGACUCAGGGAGCUAACCACCGGCUCGCUCCUCAACAACAUGUGUGGGGUAGAUAUUCAACACAGUGACCGGACACAUUGGAUACCAAUCCAUUUCUCGCUAAUAUAACGAGGCUUAGGCCUAUAAAAUACAUAAUUACCCAAGACAACUUGCAAGAUAUCGGAUCGUGUUUUUGUUUUGACCAUCACACGUGUCAGGUCUGUCAGUGUAUAAUAAGGAUAAGGGAUAUAAUAUCGGAUCGUGUUUUAUUUUACCAUAACGCGCAUCAGUUGUGAUACUAGAUGUCCGACAUCUCCAUUUGUUAUUGUGUUGAAUUUCUACCCCACACUUGUGAGUCUUCACUUUGUCUUUGGUUGUAUAACAUCAAAAGGGAUCAUGGAUGCAGAGAGAGAGAGGUGUUGAAAGACAGUAUAUUUUGAAUAUUGUAUAGUAUUGGUUGUUUGUGCCAACUACCAAAUAUGAGUCUAACUUCACAUCUGAGGCAUGGUUGGUCAUCGUAUGCUUCACUAAGACGUCUGCUGAGGACAGAUAUCACCAAACACUGCGUCGGUUCACAAUGCACGAUGCACUCGGAACCAUGGCACGUAGAAAAUAUGCCCCAUCUUAUUAGAUUCAGGAACGGAGAGAAGGAGAAGGGCACGUUUUCUAAAGCAGAAAUGGAUGAAAGGGUCAGCAAACUUCGCAAUAUAAUGACAAAUAAAAACAUCGAGGGCGUGCUGUUUACUUCAUUUCAUAAUAUCAAGUACUAUUCGGACUUCAUGUAUUGUGAGUUUGGACGGCCUUAUGGAUUGGUGGUAACACAUGAUAAAGUAGUUUCAAUUUCUGCUAACAUUGAUGGUGGAUUUCCUUGGCGUUGGACUGUGAACGGUGAUAAUUUAGUUUACACGGACUGGCAACGGGACAACUUCUAUAGAGGCGUAAAUCAAGAGCUUAGGCAAUUAAAGGGUAAAAUUGGCUGUGAAUUCGACCACAUCAAUUUAGACAACUUCAAAAAACUUCAAAAUGCUCUGCCAGACAGCACUUUCGUAGACAUCGGAGAAUCGGCAAUGUACCAGCGUAUGAUAAAAUCCGAGGAAGAGAUCUCUCUUCUUAAAGAGAGUACACGAAUUGGUGACAUCGGCGCCGCAGCGGUCGUCGAAGCAGUUGCCGAAGGAGUUGGUGAGCAUGAGAUAGCCAUGCACUCGACUAACACUAUGACGAGGGAGAUAGCGAAAAGUCGACCAGAUAUCAUACUUCAGGACAUUUGGACAUGGUUUCAAUCGGGUAUAAACACUGACGGUGCCCACAACCCAGUCACCAGUCGGAAAGUUCAGAAAGGCGACGUCUGCAGCUUAAGUUGUUUCCCUAUGAUGUCAGGAUACUACACAUCGCUAGAACGAACUCUGUUCUUAGACUAUGCAUCAGAUGAGGCCCUACGCUACUGGAAGGCAAACUGUGAGGUUCACGAGGCCGGCAUGAAACUCGUCAGGCCUGGAAUAAAAUGCAAAGAAAUAGCUCACGAAUUGAACUUAAUAUACGAAAAGCACAAUCUUCUUCAUUAUAGAACCUUUGGGUAUGGCCACUCAUUUGGUGUAAUGUGUCACUAUUUCGGACGGGAAGCCGCUCUUGAAAUUCGUGAAGACAUUGAGACUGUUUUAGAACCAAACAUGCUGGUGUCUCUUGAGCCAAUGAUUGUUGUGCCAGACGGACAACCUGGUGCAGGAGGCUAUCGUGAGCUGAACAUUAUGGUCGUCACGGAGGAGGGUGCAGAAAACAUCACACAUUUUCCCUACGGACCAGAACACAUGAUUAUUAAAAAGUAAAUUACAGGCCUAUUUUUUGACGUUAACAAUUAAUUGUCUUGAAGCUGCCUGGAAUUCUGCUCCAUUUGAUUGCGGAACGUGUCCAUCUCGUUUGUUGUCCGAGCCCUGUUUUUCGCCUUUCCUCACUUUCUUUCACUCAUUCUUCCCGUCUAGUCUCUUUGCAGUAACUUUCUGCGGUGUUGGUUAAUCAAAGUUGCAGUUGAACGUUUAGCGCAUUUAGCAUCUUCAAAAGCUAAUCUAAUGAUAGUACGAAUUAGGCCUAUUAACAGAUUAUAUUGAGUGUAGGCCUACAUGUGACUAAAUCAGUUCCAGUAACACUGAAAUAAUUUAAUUACAAAUUUACAUUAAUUACAAAUAGGCCUACAUGGGUUGUAGUGGGAAAGUAUUUUGAUGUUUUAUGAUUAAGUUUAAUAAGAAAUUUUACAAUCAUUUUAUGAAGUACAGUAUUCAUAUAGACAAAAUUGCUGCCAUUUGUA